UGCAGCUCGAUCAUCCUCGUCCCUCAAUUCGCAGCUGUUUUCUUUUAUUUCUUAUAUUCUGAAGCGCUCAUAUUCGUUUCACUGUCAUCCACAAAGCAAGAAAGAUGUCGACGACAACGGCAUCCGCAAUGCAAAGCUCUUGCCCUCCCAUCCCCCCCAAAGUCUUCUCCGCAAAACAACCAGAGACAAUCCGCCUAUACCCUCUGUCCAACUACACAUUCGGCACAAAGGAGACGCAACCGGAGGAAGACCCCUCGGUCCCAGCCCGUCUGAAGCGUCUCGAGGAACACUACGAGAAGUAUGGCAUGAGACGGACAUGCGAGGGUGUUCUGGUCUGUCAUGAACAUAAUCAUCCGCACGUGUUGAUGUUGCAGAUUGCGAACGCGUUUUUCAAGCUCCCAGGCGAUUACCUUCAUCAUGACGAUGACGAGAUCGAAGGAUUCAAGAAGCGACUGAACGAGCGUCUCGCGCCUGUCGGCACGCAAUUUACCGGAGAAGGAGUGAACGAGGAUUGGGAAAUCGGCGACACACUCGCGCAGUGGUGGCGUCCGAAUUUCGAGACGUUCAUGUACCCUUUCCUGCCGGGACAUGUUACCAGACCUAAGGAGUGCAAGAAGUUGUAUUUUAUCCAGUUGCCUAAGAAGAAGGUCCUCUCCGUACCAAAGAACAUGAAGCUCCUCGCCGUCCCUCUCUUCGAACUGUACGAUAACACGGCGCGCUACGGCCCGCAACUCUCAGCCAUCCCCCACCUCCUGUCGCGGUAUAACUUUGAAUUCGUGGAUGAGAAUGACAACAUCGUCGCUGCUACCCCGGGAACACCUUUACCGGAAAACGAAAUUCCGCGGCCCAAAGUGGUCGCUGGUAGUGAAGGUGAAGGGGCAGGUGAGAGCCACGACCCGGGGACAAUGGAUAUCAAGUUGGAUAAUGAGGAGCAGUAGAUGGAAAAGGAUUCUGGGGCAUUGGCUCUGCUCAAUCCAUGCCCAUAGGUCUGGAUGACAAGCUAUCUUAUCUCUUUCCCCUUUUUCUUUCUUCCCGGGAAUCGAAUCGAAUAUUUUAUUUAUUCUACCUGGUUGGCGUUUAUUCAAGGAGCGAACUCAUAUUUUCACUGUCAGUUGUGUUAUUUUAGUUUCUGCUUGUUACUUAUUGUUUCAACGAAAAUGGUUCUCUUAUUUUAUGUAUAUGUCUUGUAUACAGAUUCUUUUAGAGUCGUUUCCCUUUCAAGGGCAUGCAUGUUUGAAUGGAACCAGGUCAUUAUCCAGACUAGAUAAAAACGCAAAGAGCAAAAACAAAACAAAAACAUGCAACAGCCGGGAUUCGCUGGUGGUCACCCACCCAACUACUAACCGGCCGGCGUGUGGCUUAAGUACGGCUGAGCGGACGGGAAGCCCUGUUUUCCA